GCGUUACAGAAGACAGGCUCGAGCUAUAUUUUAGCGAUACGGUUGUUCCACAGCACUAUAGAUACAAUACUGUUUUAGAUCAUGUGUAGGGCUAUAGGUAGAAUUGUUUUUAUUUUAGUAAAUCGGAAGCAGUUUAGUGAGUCAGAAGCAUCUGUUAUGCAGUAGUGACUGCAUAUAUUUUCAUUUCAUUACUGGUUAUCCGUGGGAAAUAAGCUUGUGAUUUUCAGGAGAAUUUGAAAAGAGUGGUUCAAUAGCAUGUUAUCUGUAGCCUAUGACAUAAUGGCCAUGUUUUGGAAGAUUAGGCGAUUGCCUGCCUAACAACUAAUCUGUAAAUAACUAUGCAUCGCGAGCAAUAACUACUAUAAUUGGUAGAUCAGUCAUUCAGUCACAAUGUACCCUUAAUACAUAAUACAAGUUUAAUGAUAAUCUGAACACUUACAGAGGGUGCAUUUUUAUUUUCUGUGCUACUGUUCAGGAACAAGUAGAGACAGCAACAUGGAGGAAGCCAUGAGCAGGCUGCAAACCCUGAGUCCAGAUCAGCUACGGCAGGAGAUAAUUGGAGCCGGGUUGAAAUGUGGUCCACUCACUGCCACUACACGAGCCAUUUUUGAGAGGAAGCUGGCCAGAGCCCUCCUGGAGAAGCAAGGAGGGAAUGAAGGGGUGUCUGGUGGAGCCGGUUCUUCCAACGUAGAGAAUGAUGGACUCUUAAAAGAUAGAGCAGAAGCAGAGCACAGCCAGGAUCUCAAAUUGUCAGAGGAGGGAGGCAAAGAGACAGAGAAGCUGGAUCAACCUCAAGAUCCUCUUGUUUACUAUGGUGUAUGUCCUCAUUGGGAGGAGCCGGUGGUUACUGACGACAAAGUCCAUGUGUUUGUGGACCGGAAGAAAGCUCUGAAAGCCAUGAUGACAAUGAAUGGGUCCAGGUUUAAGGCAUUCUCAACACGAGAGGAAGCCGAAAAAUUCUCAAAAGGCUUCAGUGAACAUAGCCCAGCUUCAGCCAGCCCUACACCAGUUGUGCCGCAGGGGAUGCUGGAACCAGUAGUCCAUACAGACAGUCCUACUGCAGGCGUGGAUUCACCUGUGAACCUGGAGAGGCCGAAUGAGUUCCGCAGCCCACGCACCCAGGACCUGACCGCCAAGCUGAGGAAGGCUGUGGAAGAAGGAGACAAGGAAGCCUUCAGUAAGCUUGUCUGGGCAAACCCACGUUACCUCAUCGGGUCUGGAGACAACCCCACCAUCGUCCACGAAGGCUGCCAUUACAACGUCUUGCAUGUUGCAGCCAAAGAGAACCAGCCUGGGAUGGUGCAGCUCCUCCUGGACACUUUGGAAAGCCCGGACUUCAUGCGACUCAUGUACCCUGAGGAUCAGGAGACCAUGCUACGCCAACGAAUCCGCUACCUCGUUGACCUGUACCUCAACACACCUGACAAAGCAAGCAAUGAAACGCCUCUUCACUUUGCCUGUAAGUUUGGGCAUCCAGACGUGGUCAAUGUCCUGUGUUCCCAUCCUGCCACUGACAAACACAGACAGAACAAGUACAACCAGAAGCCUUCUAGUGUGAUAUGUGAGAGAAAGAACAAAAGCCCUGACAUAAAGAAGAAGAUCAAGGAGUAUUUGGAAGAACGAUAUUAUGUCCCAUUACUGAGGGAUACUGACAACAGCUUCCAGCCUGUGAUUGGCUUGCCAUGGUCCCCAAGCUCAUUGGAAGCGGAUUUUCAUUUGCUGGGAUCUGGAGCGGUCGGGAGUCCCAUUGACCCAAUCAUGACUGUGAGAGCAUAUGUGGGCCCUCUUAGUCCUUCUAAGGCACAUGAGUUCCACAGACUAUGGAAAACUCCACCCAGGGAUCGAGCAGAGUACUUCCAUCGUAUUCUCAAAUCCGACCCUGACAGGGGUGCAGAGCGUGUGGGGAGGGAGAUUGCACAUGAUAGGGGGCAUCCUUGGGUGGAGUACUGGGACUUCCUGGGUAGCUUCAUUGACCUGUCUACAGAGGACGGACUGAGGAGGCUGGAGGACUAUCUGAAUAGGAAGGAUCAGAAGGAAUGUGGCAGGUCAGAGGGCUCCAGUGUUGGAUUUAAAACAGUCAAACCCUCCAAACAGGAGCAGAACCAGAGCCACAUUCUGACCAACCACAUCCUGAAUGACACGUCCAAGUCCCCUGUAUGUAACCUUCUGUCAGAGUUUGAAAAAGCAAACCUACAGGGCGGCCAUGUUCACGCGGAAUACCAGAAGAACUUGGAGAGUGUUGAGGGUCGUGUGGAUCCAUCUUCACCUAGGAAAGAUUGUCUGAGCCUGGGGAACAGUAGUUUCUGGAGGACCUGGGAGUGGAGCCACAGCAAGAGGCAGGUGGAGGAGCUCUCCAGCUCCAGCUCAGAAGAGUAUCUGACGGCAGAUGAGGGCUCAGACUCCGAGGGCCCCGGUGGAUCCAUAGAUGGGGCUGACUGGAGAAGAGAGAGGAGAAGCUCAGGAUCAUCUAGCACAUCUUACAAAUCCACAGAGGGAGACACCUCUAAAGACACAAUUCUGAUGACUGACACCCCUCAGAGCCAAAAACAGGGACUGUUUAUGGAUGGGGAGUCUCCGACUAAAUUGGACAGUGAAGUCUUUGCUGCACUUAAUCAUGUGGACAUUGACCCGGAGACACACCCCUGCAUUACCAAGUGGAGGAAGACCAUUCUGGCAUACCCUGCUUCAAAGAGGUUAAGCUGGCCAAGCCCAACCAGGAGGAAGAGCUCAACCGGGACACCAAACUGUACUCCCAGCAGGCUCAGCGUUCACAGCCCAGGAUGCCACACUCCUGUCCAGAGCUGUUACACCGAGAACAUCCUCUACCAGACUCUCUUCCGCUCCCCAAAUUGAUAGGCAGCCGAUCCAUAGUCCAACAACUAACUGUAUAACCCAAGCAGGGAACCACUAGAAGCUUACCUGUUGUUAUUGAAUCCAUGUGCUAGUGUCCAACUCUUUUGGCUGUGCUCGCACUUAACCUUUUUAGGUAACUAUUGAACUGAUCUUUGCACAAAUGCUCUCUGCCUACAGCACUUAUGCAUGUCCUCAGUGCACGCGUUCUCUUCUGGUAGAUAGCACAGCUACCAAUUGCUCUAUGAGCUAAGUGCACACUCCUCUGUGUGCCAAAGUCACAUGAAAUAUGUGCAUAUACAUAAAUAUGCAAUGAUGAUUUUAUAGAGGACAUUUCCAAGUAAUACUUUUGUAUUGUUAAUGUAAUUUCAGAAAUAAUUUAAAGUCCCAGUUUAUCUAUUGUUUUGAGUAACUAUAAACAAGUAUAAACAAGAAAAAUGAUUGAGGAUGUAUUUAGAGAAUGUUUCUACAUGAUUAUUCAUUAAAUGUAAUAAAGCAUUAUCAAAUAAAUCA